AUGUCACUAGCAGAAAGGAUCGGGACACUGCGCCACCUGGUGCGUCUGAUCACUGACAGUUCUGAAGUGGUCAUCCGAGAGUGGCAAACGGAGGAGACGGAACCAUCCGCCGACUCGACAACCUCGCUUCUCCCCUCCCCUGAUCUAUUCAAUGCAAGGCGAACGGUACUGGGUGCUUGUGGGAUGGUCUCGGACGUUGUGGCAGAACCACAACAUCGUCUGAUGGAAUUCGCUUCCGAGUACCAUGUCUCGCGGGCACUCCACGUUGCGGCGGAAGGGCGUAUCCCCGACAUACUUGCGGAUGCGAAUCCAGCAAAAGGUCUACAUGUCAAGGAAAUCGCUCAGCAGGCUGGUAUUGAACAUCGAAAAUUGGCGAGAAUUCUCCGCUGUCUCGCCUCGAUACAUGUCUUCAAGGAGGUCAAGGAAUUGCACUUCUCCAAUACGCGGACGUCGCAAGCACUGGUCGACAACGACCCCUUACGGUGUUGGUUAAUGGCUAAUGGGUCGGACAUCUACACAGCAUCUAGUGGUCUGCUCAAAGUGCUCUUUGACCCUGUACGCACCACAUCCUAUUCACUGCACGAUACGGCCUUCAACGAGGCACAUCGGACGAAGUCAACUUUCUGGGAAUUCCUGGAACAAGGCGAGAAACAACCUGAUGGAACUGUUAACCCACGACGCAGACUUGAAAUAUUCGGUCUUGCUAUGUUGGGUGGCGGGCGGGUGCACGGGCCUCCUUUGUACGUGGAUUAUCCUUGGGCCGCACUUAGCUCGGGGACAGUUGUGGAUGUUGGAGGAGGUAUAGGUGGGAUGAGCCUUGAGUUGGCAAAGAGAUACCCCAACUUGAAGUUCGUUCUUCAAGACAGACUUCCUGUCAUCGAGAAGGCCAAAGCCGUAUGGGAACACGAACUACCGGAAGCCGUUGAGUCGAAACGUAUCGCAUUCAUGGAGCACGACUUCUUCAAAGAACAGCCUAUCAAGGGCGCUGAGGUCUACUUCAUGCGAAAUGUUCUACAUGACUGGCCAGACAGCGAGUCAUGCGCCAUUCUCAAGCACCUCUAUGAUUCCAUGGGUCCUCGCUCUCGCAUUCUGACCGCCGAUCAGGUCAUCCACUCAACAAUAGGAUCCCGGUACCUCAGCUCAGCCCCCUCGCCGCUACCAGCAAAUUAUGGAUACGCACAUAAGCUAGCUCACAUCCGGGACAUGAACAUGAUGACGCUGUUCAAUGGUAUGGAACGCAGUCCCGAAGACCUGGACGCAUUGGCACAACGUGUGUCAUUGAAGGUCGCGAAGGUGUGGGAGUGUCGUGGGAUGAUAUCGAUCACAGAGAUGAGGAGGCAUGAGGACAUUACCGCCGAUCCAGCGGCAUGCUGA